AUGCCGUUAGCCCAUAACCUCAACAAGGUGAGUAAAAACUUAUCCAAAUCCACCGGAUCAAUGCACAUAAAGGGCCGUAAAUUCAAACAAUUGAAUCGAGCAACAGUCCGAGAUAAGAAACUCAAACUACAAAAAGUCGAAAGCAUCGAGCGUAAACUGAAUGAGUUACUCAUUGUAUCCUUUUUCCAAGAACAGAUCGUCAAUGACGACCAAGUUGAUAAAUCAAGUUAUACCUUGUCUGAAAUACAAGCUUUGAUUCAACAAUUUAUAGAUCAGGAUCGUCAACAGUUGGAUGAAGCAAAACUGGAGCAUCGAAAGGGAAGACCUAUUUCUAAUAAGCAGAAGUUGCUCACCGAAAAAGUCAAGCAUGAGGAACACCUAUUUGCAACUGGGUAUAAAGUCCCCGAUCUAAGUCAUGAGGAAACGGUGACUAGAUUGAGAAAUUGGAAUGGAACUACAGGGGCCACUACGGGGUUCAAGUUUAUCAAUAUUUCCAAAGAUAUGAAGCAGUUCCCAACCGCGGAGGUGGAGAUGAAAGAGUAG